AUGGCUCCUCUACAGUUCUACACGAUGAGAAGCCAUGAGGUUGAACGUUUGCAGCUGGAGCGCGACGGGUUCGCGGUGGUGGAGGGGUUCCUGCGUGACGCCGAGUGCGCGGAGCUGGUCGCCGCCGGCCUGGAGCUCACGCGCCACCUGCCUGAUGCGCCGCCCACGGUCUUCACCACCACUGAACACCAGGUACUCAUACUCAACCAAAAGUACUUUAUGGAAAGCAACGAUAAAAUCAGCUAUUUCUACGAGAAAGAUGCGCUCGAUGACGAUGGAAAGCUUCAAGUUGACCCAAGCAUUUCAUUAAAUAAGGUGGGGCACGCUCUGCACCUGCUGCACCCAAUCUUCAGGUGCUACACGUACAGCGAGCGCGUGAAGGCGCUGUGCCGCGCGCUGGGGCUGGUCGAGCCGGCCGUCGUGCAGAGCAUGUACAUCUACAAGAACCCGGGAAUCGGAGGCGAAGUGGUUCCGCAUCAAGACAUAUCAUAUUUACUCACAGAGCCAAUUCCACCAAUAGGGUUUUGGAUAGCUCUAGAAGACGCAACGAUUGAAAACGGUUGCCUUUGGAUGGCUCGCGGGUCCCACAAGUCGGGUAUCCACAGACGGAUGAUCCGCAGUCCUGAAGAUAGAAACAAGUGUAUCUACGACAAGCCCGCGCCCGAGUACCCGGAGUCGAGCUUCACCCCCGUCCCAGUCAGUAAAGGGACGUGCAUAUUGAUCCAUGGGAACGUGGUACACCGCAGCGCGGCGAAUCGUAGCGCGGCGAGCCGGCACGCGUACACCUUCCACGUGGUUGAGAGGAAGGACAACAACUACUCCGAGGACAACUGGCUACAAGAAGGAGAGAAUGCCCCCUUUUUAAAUGUUUACACGACAUCUGAGAUGCUAUAAUGUUAUAGGUAUUGCUAUGACCGUUAGGGCUUGUGCACAAAUCACGCGAGGUUCGACAGGGGGAGGGGGGUAACGAAAAAAAUCACGAUAGAUCACGUCAUUUCUACAGUGAACGAAACUAAGAAAAAAAACCUACCACAUGAGUAGAUACUUUUUCUUGGUUUCG